AUGCCCCAUCCACCAACCCCAUCAACCAACCCCACACACCGGCCCCUACUGUCCCCACGGACUCCAGCUUCCAGCUUCAUCUACCAACCCCAUCAACCAACCCCACACACCGGCCCCUACUGCCCCCACGGACUCCAGCUUCCAGCCUCAUCUACCAACCCCAUCUACCAAUCCCCACAUACCCCAUUGACCGACCCCAUACACCAACCCCAUCAAACGGCCCCCACCUACUCCAUCCAUCGACCCCAUCCACCGGACCCUGCCGACCCCACCCACCGCUCCCACUACCGACCCCAUGUCCCGGACCCCACUGACCCCCUCCACGACCCCACUACCAACCCCAUAUACUGGCCCCCACCGACCCCAUCACUGGCCCUCACCUACCCUGCCAACCGACCCCCACGAACCAUCACCUGCCCCCACCGACCCCAUCCAAUGACCUCCACUGACCCCAUCCACCAGCCUCAACUGACCCCAUCCACCAGUCUCAACCGACCCCAUCCACCAGCCCCCACCGACAUUAUCAACCGGCCCCCACGAACCACUACCUGCCCCCACCGACCCCAUCCACCAGCCCCCACCGACCCCAUCCACCAGCCCCCACCGACCCCAUCCACCAGCCCCCCCACCGACCCCAUCCACCAGCCCCCACCGACCCCAUCCACCAGCCCCCACCGACCCCAUCCACCAGCCCCCAGAAAGAUGGCAUUCAGCAGGAGAUUUAAAUAUAACACAGAUCACGUUAAUACAAUCAGGGAUGAUUGA